AUGGAGAAUGGUCAGAUCCCUCCUAGUGGUACUUUUAAGAAGGCAAACCCCACGCUCAAACUUGAUGAGAGAUUCAUCAAAGUUCCUGAGAAGCUGCAAGAAUGGCCUGACGUCAACGGCAUUCGAAGAGCUUCAGUGAACAACUUUGGUUAUGGAGGUGCCAACGCCCAUGUCAUUAUGGAGAGCUAUCCGUCAUUCAUUGCCUCUCAUAAGAGCAUUCAAAGUUCUGAGCCGGCUUUGAACGGUUGGCACGACUCCCUGCACUCGCGUAUCCUUGUGCUGAGUGCCAAAGAUGAGCAAGCCGUAUCAAAGAUGGCACUGAAUCUCAAAGCCUACCUCGAUACUGCUGAGUCUAUCGAUGAUCACGAUCUGCUUGACAACUUGAUCUAUACCCUAGGCCAACGCCGUACUAUCUUCCCUUGGCGAGCAGCCACGCCUAUAACGAGCAUUGCUCACCUCUCGAGUGUCUUGGACGGGCCUCAACUGAAGCCAACGAAGACACUGAACGGCGAUCGCAAGAUUGGCUUUGUCUUCACGGGACAAGGAGCUCAAUGGUUUGCCAUGGGUCGUGAGCUGAUCGCUGCUUACCGCGUUUUCAGAUCAGCCAUCGCGGACUGCGAUCAAUUCUUGCAGGAAGCUGGCGCUGAGUGGUCACUUCAAGGUAGGUUGCAGAACUUCGCAUCUUGUUCUACCAUCGGGACUGACUUGUUUGAUUCAUANGAGGAGCUUCUCAAAGAUGCUGAAACAUCUCUGGUCAACGAGCUGGCGAUGAGUACGCCCCUCAGUGUUGCGGUUCAGAUCGCCCUGGUUGAGUUGCUCAAGGCCUGGAACAUUAAACCGACUGCAGUUACCAGUCACUCAAGUGGUGAGAUCCCCGCUGCUUACGCCGCUGGAGCCAUCUCGAUGCGUACUGCCAUGGACAUCUGCUAUGCUCGUGCCAAGCAUGCUGGCCAGAAGGUUCCCGGUCUGGGCAAGGGUGGCAUGAUCGCUGUCGGUUUGGGUCCAGAUGCUGCACAGACCUAUCUGGAUCGCCUCACCAAGGGACGCGUAGUCAUUGCUUGCUACAAUAGCCCAACCAGUAUCACGGCAUCUGGCGACUACGACGCCAUCGAGGAACUCGAAAGUCUGUUGAAGGCUGACAAUGUCUUUGCUCGCCGUCUGAAAAUUGAUUGCGCUUACCACUCUCAUCACAUGAAAGCUAUCGCUGCGCCUUACUUUGCAUGGCUUGAUCGUGUCAUGAAGCCCCAAGACAGUAUGAAGAGUGAAGUCAUCUUCUCUUCUCCAACAACUGGCAAGCGCGAGUCCUCUGGCUUGCAGAUAAGCAGUGCACAGCACUGGGUUGACAGCCUCACUAGCCCUGUCUCGUUCACUCAAGCCUUCAAGAAUCUUUGUUUCGAUAUUGCAGAGAGCACAACCAGCCUCGUUGAUAUCAUCAUUGAAGUUGGCCCUCAUGCCGCACUCUCGGGUCCCAUUCAAGACAUUCUUUCAGAGCCGGAGUUCAAGUCAUCUACCAUCCAAUACUUCCCCACUCUUGUCCGCAAGAGCAGCGCCAUCACGACUAUGCAAGAUUUGGCUUGCAACCUGAUCAAGGCAGGCCACUCCGUGGAUAUGGAGGCGAUCAACUUUCCCUUCGGUCGACCUUCAACAACUCGCGUUCUUUCCAAUUUGCCGCACUAUCCCUGGAAUCAUGCAGCCAAGCAUUGGGGCGAGCCAAGACUGAACAAGGCACUUCGCGAUCGUUGCCAUGAGAUUCAUGACUUGCUCGGCGCACCCGUUCCUGGUACAAACACCAUCGCACCUUCAUGGCGCCAUAUCAUCCGAUUGGCUGAUGUGCCGUGGUUGUUCGAUCAUGUGGUACAAACCGACAUCAUCUAUCCUGGUGCGGGCUUCCUGUGCAUGGCUAUCGAAGCGGCUGGCCAGCUCGCACAUGAUGAGAACAAGAAAGUGGUUGGUUAUGAGCUGCGUGACGUCUAUAUGCCUCAAGCUCUCCUGGUACCGGACGACCCAAAGGGCGUCGAAGUGCAACUGAUGUUGACGCCCUGUACUGACAAAGCUUUGUACUCUCACGGCUGGAAAGAUUUCAAUCUCUGCUCAGUCAAUGCCGAGAGCGAAUGGCUUGAGCACUGCAAGGGCCGCAUUUUGACCGAAGUGGACUCCUUGAGUUCCGCAUGUGAUUCUUCCAGCGACGAGGCGUUCAUGAAGAGCAAGAGAGACAAUUUCGGUAACGAUGAAGAUUAUUGGAAACAAGUUGAUGUCCAAGAUUUCUACUCUACAGUUCGUCUUACUGGAAUCCAUCACGGUCCAAACUUCCAAGGAUUGAGAUCCAUCCACACUCGCCAGAGAAUGUCCCUGACGACAAUUGAAGUUGCAGACACAGCGGCUACUAUGCCUCACCAGCAUGAGCAUGCUCACUCUAUUCAUCCGACCACUCUGGACACCCUUUUCCAAGCUUCUUACAGCGCCUACAUGGCUACACCCGAAUCCGGAUUCAAAUUGUCCAAACCUCUUGUGCCCCACACCAUCAAGAGCCUCAAGCUGCGCGAGAAUGCGUAUGCGAAAGCCCGUCUUGAGCUCAAGGCUUAUAGCGACAUCACCAAGGCGAACAUGGAUGGUUACACUGCAGACAUCUCGCUCUUCCCUAAAGGUAUUACAUCGAACGGCACUCCUAUAGUCGCGAUCGAAGGGUUCAGCUUCAAGUCUAUUGGUGCAGCCAUGACACAAAAACCAACCGAUGUGCACGACCUCGACAAGCUCGCUUGCGUCGAAUGGAAGAGAGAUCUCGAUCUAGUCGACUUGAAAACUAUCAAAGCGGAGCUUGAAUCGCCACCCGAGACUGCCGAGCAAGCGAUCGUGCUCAAGCUGGCACGGGUCUCUCUGCACUACAUCGCUGAUGCAGUGGCCGCACUUACACAAGAUGACAUCGCUCAGCUUGAGUGGUACCACGCAAAGUAUUUGACUUGGAUGAAGACACAGUUGAACAGAGCUGCCAUCAACGAGCUUGGUCCUAACAGCUCGGCUUGGUUGAAUGAUUCCGCUGAAACUCGCGCCAGACUUGCAGCUGAGGUACGCACCGAAAGUGUCGACGGCGAAAUGAUCUGUCACCUGGGUCCAAACUUGUUGGCAAUGCUUCGUCACGAGGUCACUCCUCUGGAACUCAUGAUGGAGGAUGGUCUGUUGAACCGUUACUACGAAGGUGCUCUCAAGUGGGACCGCUCCAGUCGUAAGUUUGCUCAGCUGGUCAAACAUGCCAUUACGAAGAAUCCGCGUGCACGCAUCAUCGAGAUUGGUGGUGGUACCGGUUGUGCUACCAAGCAUGUUCUUGAUGUCGUCGGAUCUGAGGUCUCAGACACUGGAUGCCAAGCCGAGCUGUACGACUUCACCGACAUCUCCAAUGGUUUCUUCGAAGCUGCAAAGAAGAAGUUUUCGGACUGGCCAAAUGUCAUGCGCUUCAAGCGUCUUGACAUCGAGGAUGAUAUCGCCAGGCAGGGCUUCGAAGAAGAGUCUUACGAUAUUGUCAUUGCCUGCCAAGUGCUUCACGCCACUAAGAACAUGGAGCAUACCAUGAGUAACGUCAGAAAGCUUUUGAAACCUAAUGGCCAUCUCUUCCUGUUUGAGACGACCCAAGAUCCCCUAGCAUUGCUCUUGAUCUUUGGAUUGCUCCCCGGAUGGUGGUUAAGUGAGGAAAAAGAGAGACAUUCCAGUCCCUCCCUGUCUCUCAAUAUGUGGGAUCGUGUCUUGCGCAACACUGGCUUUGGCGGCAUUGACAUCGAAAUCCACGAUUGCGCUGACGAUGACUUGUACAACUUCAGUACCAUCAUGGCCACGGCAAGUCCUACCGAGCCUGCUUCCUUCGACGCUGAUGUUGUGAUUGUGACAGACGGAACUGCUGCUCCUCCUGCCUGGAUCCAGUCGCUUCAGCAGAAGAUUGGGGAUAUCACAGGCAAGUUGCCUGCCACACAGGAUGUUACUACCAUCGAUGCCCAAGGUAAGGUCUGCAUCUUUGUUGGCGAACUUGGCGACAAUAUUCUGGAGGCGCCUACCACUGAGCAGUUUGCUGGUAUCAAGGCCAUCGCGACGCAGAGCAAGGCUAUACUGUGGGCAACAAGAGGUGGCCGAGUCGAUGUGAUUGAUCCAUCCGCCAGUGCCAGUCUUGGUUUCAAUCGUGUUAUAAGAGAAGAGUAUUCUGGCAAGAAAGUCGUCAAUGUCGAUUUGGACCCGUCGCGCAACGCGUGGUCUGAAACAUCUGUCGACAUCCUUGCAAAGCUGUAUCAAACUGCUUUCGACAUGUCCAAGACACUAACUGACUUUGAGUAUGCUGAGGUCGGCCGAGAGAUCUUUGUUCCUCGUUAUUACAAGAACGGCGCCCGCAACGCCGAGUUGUUCAGACCUCAUGGCAAUGAGAUUGUCACCAAGGAUGAGGUCUUUGAUCAACCGAAUCGUUCGCUCCGCCUCAGUAUUGGUACACCUGGUCUUCUGGACACACUCAACUUUGUUGACGACGAUCAACAUGAAACACCACUUCUAGAGCACCAUGUUGAGAUUAAGCCGUCCACAUUCGGUGUCAAUUUCCGAGACGUCAUGACAGCCAUGGGUCAGCUCAACAACAACAUUCUAGGCUUUGAGUGUGCUGGUGUAGUCACUCGUGUCGGCUCAGUCGCUGCCACCAAAGGCUUCAAGGUGGGCGAUCGUGUGGCUUCGCUGCUCAGAGGUCACUAUGCCAACUUGGUUCGCACGGAGUGGUCAAACACCGUGAGGAUCCCCGACUCUAUGUCUUUCGAGCAGGCAGCGUCCCUUCCAAUGGCCUUUGCGACUGCUUGGAUCUCGCUGUUUGACCUCGGUCGUCUCGAAGCAAGCGAUAGCGUCCUGAUUCACGGUGCUUCUGGUGGCGUUGGUCAGGCUGCUGUUCUGUUAGCUCAGCAUACCGGUGCCGAGGUCUUCGUGACAGUCAGUACGCAAGAGAAGAGAGAUCUGGUCAAGCAGAAGUUCGACAUCGCCGACGACCACAUCUUCUCUAGUCGUGAUGCAUCCUUUGCCGACGGCAUCAUGUCGAUGACCAAGGGUUGCGGCGUCGACGUCGUCGUCAAUCACCUGUCUGGUGCUCUUCUGCAGGCCAGUUUCGACAGUCUCGCUCGAUUUGGUCGCUUCGUCGAAAUUGGCAAGAAGGACGUCGAAGCCAACAACUUUCUGCAAAUGGAGGCAUUUACCCGCAACGUCACUUUCUCAUCAUUCGAUCUACUACAGUUCGAAGAGUUCCGUCCUGAGCAGACGCAUAGGGCUUUGGAGGGAGUGAUGCAACUAUUGCAACAUAACUUGAUACGCACCAUUGAGCCAAUCAACUCCUAUCCUUUGUCAGAUCUUGAGAAGACUUUCCGCCUGAUGCAAGCUGGUAAGCAUGUCGGUAAGAUUGUGCUCUCGCUAGAACCAGAGGUGCAAGUCCCAGUAAGUUGUUUUCCCUCCAGAGUGGCAGAUUCGCAUUAUCUAACACGUCGGCAGGUCCUCCAGCAGCGCGGAGCCAUGCGCCUGCAGCCCGAUGCCUCUUAUCUAAUUGUAGGUGGUCUUGGUGGCAUCGGUAGAUCGAUCUGUCAUUGGAUGGCCGACCACGGUGCUAAGAACAUUGCUGUGCUAUCGAGAAGCGCCGCAGCUAAUGGUAGUUCUGGCGCUUUCAUCAAAGAACUUGCUUCGUUCGGUGUUACUGUCACGCCCAUUGCUUGCGAUGCUUCAGACGCUCACGCGUUGUCCGCUGCAAUCAAUGCCUAUGAACUCAAGAUGCCCAAGAUCCGCGGAGUAAUCCAAGGUGCUAUGGUCCUCGCAGUAAGUUUGCAAUCCAUAUCUGUCUUUCUGACCUCAUCGUGUGCUAAUAUCCUUUUCUCCACANNGGACGCCGUGAUUGAGCAAAUGACUAUCGGCAACUAUAACAAAGCAGUCCGCCCCAAGAUCCAUGCAAGUUGGAAUUUGCACAACAUCUUCAAUCACUCCGAGGUCGAAUUCUUCGUCAUGCUGUCUUCACUCGCCGGCGUAGCUGGAACAAUCAGUCAAGCCAACUAUGCCGCGGGCAACACAUACCAAGACGCAUUAGCAAGAUACCGCGUCAACAACGGCUUGCACGGCGCAACCAUCGACCUGGGCGUUAUCAAGAACGUCGGGUAUCUUGUUGAACACAAAGACCAAUUGGAACGACUCCGCAAGCAAGGUUUCCACGUUCUGGAUGAGGACGAUGUGCUCGCUACCCUCGAGUCCGCAAUCUCUUCUUCGCCUCAGAAUCAGAUGCUCUUGGGAGCCAACGGCACCAAUCUCGACGACUCAAACGACGCACGCUUCUGGUCUAUNCCCCGUCGCCCAAAGACCUCUGCCGCAGACUCUGCCGUCAAAAGCGUCUCCAGCGAUCUCGGUGCAGCGAUGAUGGUAGCGACAUCAUUGUCCCAAGCCGUCGACAUCGUAGCCUCGACGUUGAUUCAAAAGCUCGCAGACAUUUUUAUGUUGGAUGCAGCCGAUAUCGCGCCCUCAAGCUCAGUCGUCGAUCUUGGUGUCGAUUCGUUGGUUGCAGUCGAGUUGCGCAAUCUUUUGGCCUUACGUGCUGGCGCUCAGGUGUCCAUUUUUGAUAUCAUGCAGAGUUCUUCGUUGAUCGGAUUGUCGGAGAAGGUCGUCUCGAAGAGCACUUUCGUGGAUCAGAGCCUCUUGGCAUAG